UACAAGAAGUAAGACAGGUAUCUAAAUUCAGAUCGAAAGAAAGAAGGCAAGCCUUAAGUAAAGAUAACACAGUUUUGAUAUUUACUAAUAGCCCUGUAGCCCUAAGUGACGUAUCUUGGCGCAGGCGCAUUUUGCCAUAUUGUAAGUGCUCGUGCGUCUGCAGCUGGAGACUGAGGCUCCUCCACGGAGAUCGCCUUUGUCCCUGCACAACACAAUGGCCAACAACCAGCGUCUUGCCUACUCUAUCAUCUCAUUCCUCCGGGACCAACUCACAUCAGGGGACCUGUCAUCAGAUGCACAGGAGAGCUUAGAGGUUGCAAUUCAGUGUUUGGAGACAGCUUUUGGAGUUUCUCUUGAAGACAAAACUCUUGCAGUUACACAGACACUUCCAGAAAUUUUUGCAGCUGCUACACUAACGGAUGCACCUCAGGUUACUGUUAACACACCAGAACCACCAAAAGAGGAGGAUAUCACUGAAGCUGAACGCCUCAAAACAGAAGGCAAUGAACAAAUGAAGGCUGAAAAUUUUUCGGGAGCAGUGGACUUCUACUCCAGAGCACUAGAGUUAAACCCACACAAUGCUGUAUAUUACUGCAAUAGAGCUGCUGCACUCAGUAAAUUGGGCAACUAUGCAGGUGCUGUCCAAGACUGUGAACAAGCAAUCUCAAUUGAUCCAAACUACAGCAAAGCCUAUGGACGCAUGGGUCUGGCUCUUUCAAGUCUGAAUAAGCACGCUGAGGCAGUGAUAUACUACAAAAAGGCACUGGAGCUUGAUCCUGAGAAUGAGUCGUAUAAAUCCAAUCUAAAGAUAGCGGAGCAGAAAAUAAAGGAGCUGCCCAGUCCUGUACCUGGUAUGGGAGGAGUGGAUCUGGCUGGAUUGCUCAGCAACCCAAGCUUUAUGAAUAUGGCAUCCAGCCUAAUGAACAACCCACAAGUUCAGCAGCUGUAAGUAUUUGUGUGGAAGUGAAAUGUACUUCUUAGAGCUGAUUAUUAGAGGGCUGUGUAAAUGAUAC